AUGCGAAGAAUGGCGGAGUGGGGUCCGCCUGCCAAGGAGCAGAGCUCCUGGUUAUUAAGUUGGCUUCCAUCAUGGUGCCCCACUUCCCUCUCUCAGCUUCAAGAUGCAGAAGAGAAAAUGCUGAAAAAUUUAAAGCAGCCUUUCUCCAGACAGCAUGUCCACAUUUCCAAUGGGAACUACCUAUGGACCAUCGCGUUCCAAUCAUCCUCUGCGGCGAAGUCCAGACCCCCUCUGGUUCUUCUGCACGGCUUCGGCGGCGGCGUGGCUCUGUGGACGCAAAAUCUGGAAUCUCUCUCCAGCAGGGGUCCGGUUUACGCUCUGGACUUGCUGGGCUUCGGCCGAAGCAGCCGCCCCCUGUUCAGCAGUGAGCCCGAGAGGGCCGAGGAGCAAUUCGUGGAAGCCCUGGAAGAGUGGAGAGAGAAAGCGGGUCUGGAGGAAAUGCUGCUUCUAGGACACAACCUGGGAGGAUAUUUGGCUACUGCCUAUACACUCAGACACCCUCAAAGAGUAAAGCAUUUGCUGCUGGUGGAACCUUGGGGGUUCCCCGCUCGUCCCGAGAACCCCCACCAUGACUCCAUCCCAGUGUGGAUCAGAGCAAUGGGUGCUGUCAUGAGCCCCUUCAACCCGCUGGCUGGCCUCAGACUGGCCGGGCCUUUAGGUCCAACGCUGGUCCAAGCGAUCAGGUCCGACUUCAAACAAAAGUAUUCUUCUGUGUUUGAUGACAACACUGUGUCCAACUACAUCUACCAUUUGAAUGCCCAGACUCCGAGCGGCGAGACCGCUUUCAAGAACAUGACUAUCCCGUAUGGCUGGGCCAAACGACCUAUGCUGGAGCGCAUCGGCCAGGUCCGGGCUGGCGUUCCUAUUUCUUUUAUCUACGGGUCACGCUCCAGCAUCGACAGCGCCUCAGGAUACGCGUUCAAGAAAACCAGACCGGAGGUGGGAAUAACGGUGAUUCGAGGAGCAGGCCAUUACGUUUUUGCCGACCAGCCAGAAGACUUCAACCAAACAGUCCUGCGCAUCCUUGCAAGAACAGAGAAGAACAGCACAGACUCUUGCCCAAAGCCUUGA